AUGGGUCUACCACCUCAACUAAACCUCCUACGGCCACUUCUUCUUCUCUCUUACUCAGCCUAUUACAUCCCCAUAACAAUCUUCCGACUCCUGUUGUCUUCGCCCUCAAAACUCUUCUCUUGGUCUUCCUUCCAACACGCGUGGUUCGGAACCUUCUGGUCUUGGUUCGGCGGCGUAUCGCGUCAAAACGCCAACGCUACUGUAUCUCCUCUAGUCCGCUCAAACGUAUACGGUGUAGUCCUAGACAUCGGCCCCGGCAGCGGAGAGUGGGUAAAUCUGUACGCAGCAACCGCAAACAAAGUCACAAAAGUAUAUGGUGUGGAGCCGAAUCCGGAACACCAUGCUGCAUUACGCAGACGAGUAGAAGCCGCUGGACUCAAAGGCAUUUACGAGAUUUUGCCUGUAGGAGCUCAGGAUUUGGGAUCUGUGGGAUUGGAGAUCGAGUCUGUGGAUACGAUUGUGACGUUGCAGACACUUUGCAGUUGUCCUGGUCCGCAAGAUAUUAUCAAGAGUUUGUAUCCUUAUCUGAAGAAGGGAGGUACUUGGGUGGUAUAUGAACAUGUCAAGACGAAAUAUCAUAAUGAUUUUGUUGGAUAUUGGCAACCCUUUGUCAAUCUGAUCUGGCCGACAUUCUUUGGUGGUUGUGACAUUGCAAGACCUACUGAUGAAUGGCUUCGCGAAGUUGGUGACUGGGAGGAAGUCUCGUUGAGGGCAGGUGAAGGCGAGGGCCCAUACGACACGAUUCCACACUCGCUCGGAACGCUCAUUAAGAGGAAGUGA